AUGGAGGAACUCGUCAUGAAUUAUGGAGGUGAUCAAAGUGAAGCCAUCAUAAAAGGUGAUGUAUAAAGAUUGGGUAAAGCAAAGCUGAGAAAAUAGGAAGAGGCUUCAAAAAACUCAUAAAUUAAUGGUGAUAGCUUCAAAAAAGCUACAGAACUUGGACCAGCUUCUUUACGGACAGGAAAAAACCAAUAAUAAGGCUCAAAAAUCAAAUAGCGAAUAGCUUGAAACCGCGAUCUUGAAAUCAAGACUGAAGUAUGAAUUUAUAGUUUCAACUUCUCGAUUUUUUGCUAUAACGUAAACUAUAUAAUAUUCCUUGGUUUUCUCAGAUUUUUUAGGUUUGAACAUUUGUAGGGUUUCGAAAGUCAAAUCGAAAGUCCGAAAAAACUGACACAAGGUUGAAAAUAAUGACCAAAAUUCAGUCUGAAGAAGCAUCUAGUCAAAUUAGAGAGUUCUAGGUUUCAAAAAUCGGCAAAAUACAAUAAAUGUGCUUUGAGACAGGGAAAGAAGGAGGAUCGGUGCCGAAAUUUGCGCCAAGGUAAAUAAACGGCCAUUCUUCAGCGUGGCUGGCAUCGUCUUCAUCCAUAAAACCACCGGAGGCCGACAGGAGAACACCGCCAGAAAGCACACAAGACACAAACACAUAUACCCUACCGAAUCUCGGCAAUGGAAACGCCGGAGGCGACUCGAAUUUCCCCUGGACGUUUGUGAUCCCUCCGUUCUAA